AUGGACAAUGUUAGGAUUAGAAAAGAGGACAUGAAUAAACUAGUGAUGAACUUCCUAGUCACUGAGGGUUAUGUGGAAGUAGCAGAGAAAUUCAAAAAGGAAUCUGGGACAGAACCUGACAUAGAUCUUGCAACCAUUACUGACUGGAUGGCUGUGAAAAAGGCAGUACAAUGUGGUGAUGUUGAGGAUGCUAUUGAAAAGGUCAAUGAUUUGAACCAUGAGAAGCCCCAACUUGUCAAAGGAAAUAUGCAACUAUUCUCAGUGGACCAGCAACGUAGUCAAGCUCUUGAAGCCCAUGCUGCAUCAUUUACCUCAUUUCGAAUAGCAGGAAAAUGA